AUGCUAUUCUCCGCUUUGGAAAUCAUUCCCGUCCGGGUUGACUUCUCCGGCGUGUUUGUGCUCCUGUUCAGCUCGCUCUUGCUGGCGGUUACUUGCAGGACACGAUACGCGUCGAGCAUACCUCUAGUGAACGGCAAGAGACGAUGGGAGAUAACCUCGUUUAAAGCGCGGAUGCGAUUUGUCGCAGAUGCCUCGAAUAUUAUUAAGGCGGGGUUUGCGAAGUCGCCUAAGGCCUUCUAUGCGGUCACAGAUAUGGGGACAGAUCUGGUGCUCUCUCCUGAUUAUAUCGGCGAGGUUCGAAAUGACAGGAGGCUAGACGCGCAUGAAUAUUCAGCGGAGAAAUUCCAUCGACAAAUACCUGGAUUCGAAGCCUUUGCUACUGAGUGGCUGCCGCCUAAGAAAAGCUUGGAAUCAUUCCUGUAUGGCAAGCUUACGCCGGCGAUUGGAAAAUGCACAGGAAUCCUCUCCUCGCACGCCGACACUCUCCUCCAACGUCUCUGGACCGACAACAAAGACUGGCACGAAAUCCCACUUAAAGACACCAUCCUCGAGCUAAACACCUGCAUGGGCAGCCGGAUCUUCCUCGGAGAAGACCUCUGCCAGAAUCCUGCCUGGACUGAACUCGUCAAACGCAAUGCCGUGAACGCAUUCAUCGCCGCCGAUAAGCUCAACAGCUGGCCUAAGGCCCUUCGCCCAUUCGUUCACUGGUUCCUGCCCUCCUGUCGCGUCCUGCGCGGCGAUGUCCGAGAAGCAAGACAGUUUAUCACCCCGGCGGUGCAGCAGCGUCGGGAUAAGCAGGCAGCUCGACAGGCGCAAGGGAAGGCGCCGGAUGAGUAUUUCGACACGAUCCAAUGGAUGGAGGAGGUGGCUGAUGGACAGGAUUAUGAUCCGGCGUUAGUUCAGCUGGCGCUUUCGAUGGGGUCGACGCAUACCAUGACGGAUCUGAUGACGCAGGUGAUGUUGAAUCUGACGAAAUACCCGGAUCUUGUUGAACAGCUGAGGAGAGAGAUUAUCGCCGUGAAGACUGAGGAGGAAUGGGGAAGACCCGCGCUUCGCAAGCUCAUGCUCAUGGAUAGCGUGGUCAAGGAAACGCAGCGUCUCAAGCCGAUUAGUAGAGCGACAAUGCGCCGUAAAGCCGGCGCCACCGUCCGUUUAUCAGACGGACUCGAGAUCCCCAAAAACACUACCUUCAUCCUCUCCACCGAACACAUGCUUAGCAACGCGGUAUACCCACACGCAGACCAAUUCGACGGAUAUCGCUUCUACAAACUCCGACAGGAGCCCAGGCAGGAGAAUGCUCACCAACUCGUCGCGACGAGUAACGAGCAUGUCGGGUUCGGACAUGGAUGCUACGCGUGUCCGGGUCGGUUCUUCGCCGACUCGGUCAUGAAGGUCAUGUUGUGUCAUAUUCUGCUUAAGUAUGAUUUCCGUUUGGCUGAUGGGUCGAGUGCGGAUUCGUUGGACUAUGGUACGGCGUUGGUGUCGAAUCCGAUGGCGAAGUUGGUGAUUAGGAGGCGUGAGGAGGAGAUAGCAUUAUGA